GAUUAGCACGCGCUUAAACCUCAGAUCCGCGCGCACGGGCAGGUAACGCAGCCAGCAUCAUCCACGACUCAAUAGAACAAACAAGAUUUCAUAAGUACCUUUGUUUUUUCUGUUUUGCUACGUAUGAUACCAACGACUAACUUUAUAGUUUCUAUGCUGAAAACUGUCAGUUGAUUUUUCGUUUCGUAAAUUUCAUAGAACAUCUGCGCUCUGGGUCGCGACAUUUGGAAAGGACGAUUUUCAUCGCAUUUGAGAGUGACGGGACCGCGGGAGCCCGCGCCGUUCGCUCCGAAUGAUGCUUCAGACUUUGACUCGUGUUAUCAAGUUAAUUACCUGAAUCGAAGCGUGAUGGUCAUGGACUAGAUGAAGAAUGCCGCACGUUUGGGAGUUCGUUCUGAUUCUCAACAUUAAUGUCAUCUUUGUAGAAGCACAGCCGGUGUCAUCAAAGCUUCACGAUGGUUGGUGGGCAUACAAAGAUGUUGUCCAGGGGAGCUUUAUACCAGUGCCAUCAUUCUGGGGACUAGUUAACACUGCUUGGAAUCUUUGUGCGAUUGGGAAGAGACAGUCGCCUGUAAAUAUCGAAACCAGUCGUAUGAUUUUUGACCCCUUCCUCAACCCAAUACGGCUCAAUGCAGGGCAACGGAAGGUCAGUGGAACCAUGUACAAUACAGGUCGACAUGUGUCCCUGCGCCCAGACAAGUCGCACCUGGUGAACAUUUCUGGCGGGCCACUGAGCUACAGCUACAGGCUGGAGGAAAUCCGACUUCACUUUGGCAGUGAGGACAGUCGGGGCUCAGAGCACCUGCUCAAUGGCCAGGCCUUCCCUGGAGAGGUGCAACUCAUCCAUUAUAAUCAGGACUUGUAUUUAAAUUACAGUGAUGCUGCCAGGAGUCCUAAUGGAAUUGCAGUUGUUUCUAUUUUCAUGAAGAUUUCAGAGCCUACAAAUUCAUUUCUAAACCGUAUGCUGAGCAGAGAGACCAUUACAAGGAUUACAUAUAAACAUGAUGCAUACUUACUGAUGGGCCUCGAUAUUGAGGAGCUAUAUCCAGAAACCUCCCGUUUUCUUACAUAUGAGGGGUCAAUAACUAUUCCACCGUGCCUUGAGACAGCCACCUGGAUCUUAAUGAAUAAGCCAAUAUACAUUUCACAGAUAGAGAUGCAAUCUCUUCGUCUUCUCAGUCAAAACCAGCCAUCCCAGAUCUUUUUGAGUAUGGGUGACAAUAUGCGGCCGACCCAGCCACUGCACCAGCGCUGCAUUCGCACCAACAUCAACUUCACUCAGAGAAGGGACUGUCCCAACAACCGCGUGCUGAGGCCACAAUACAGAGUUAAUGAAUGGCUCCUAAAAUAAAAGAUGUUGACUAGUUACUUCAGAAUCUCUGGUAAUAUCUGAAGAAUAUGGCCAACAAACUGAGGAAGUUUGGACAAAUGCUGCAAGAUGAAGCUAUCAACAAGACAAAGGACUUAAAAGAGGACUCUUCAAUAAAAAAUAAAAAAACUUUUAUAUGUGUUUUAUAUGUUUAUAACAACAUAUAUGUCAAAGACAGUGAAAGCAAUUGCUUACGUACCUUUGUAGACAGGGGUUCGAUGAGGCACAACUGACUUUCAAUGACAGUCUGCAUCUAAAAAGCAGGUGCAAUCAAUGCGUGUUGCAGUGAACAAAUAACUACCUUUGCUUGAUGCACAGUGAUAUGGACUUAAAUUUGACAUCAGACAAACAAAAGGAUUUCAAGUCUGUAUCUUGGACUGUUCUGAGCAUAUUGCCUUCACUAAGUGUUUACAGUGCUAAAUUAAUUGAGUGAUAUCUGCCCAAUAAAUAUUUGAAGUGGUCAUGGUGAACUUUUCUCUUUACCUUUGGUGAAUGGCAGGGUAAGAAAUUAAGGGGUCUCAGGGCAAAAAUGCCACCCAAAAGUGAUGAAAAUGCAUUUUAUAUAUAUAUAUAUAGUAUAGUUAUCAAUAUUCUAUUUUAAGUUUAAUUAUAAACAUUAUCACAUAAAAUAUGAUUUGAUGUUUAUUUAUUUUAUGGGUAGGAGGAAAUAUUCUCUGUCUAAUUAUUCACAUUGAUAACUUAUGUUAAUAAAUUGAUUCAAUUGAAGUAUUUGAAUAAAAGGAUGACACAGUAUAAUUUUUUUAUGUAUAGAGAAAAAUGCCCCCGUAAAUGUAAAAAAUUCCCCUUAAAAUCAGAUCCAGAGGGCAAUUAUUGCCCCUUUAUGGAAAAGUUCAUUUCUGACACAGAUCUGGGGUAUUGUAAUGCUGUAAAGUUAAAGGAAUAAUUCAUGUAAAUAAACACUGUCAUCAUUACCUCAUGUUGUUCCAAACCUAUAUGACAUUAUUUCUUAAGUGGAACACAAAAGAAGUUAGGCUGGAUGUUAUCCUCAGUCACCAUUCACUUCAAAUGCAUCUUUUUCAAUGAAAGUGAAUGGUGACUGAGGAUAACAUUCAGCCUAACAACUCCUUUUGUGUUCCAUGGAAGAAAGUCUUAUGGGUUUGGAAGAACAUUAGGGUGAAAAAAAAAAAGUGAACUGAGUGAACUGUCCCUUUAAUGCAAACGGUAGCCAAUCAAAAGGGUAAUAGAAAACAUGAUAUUAAAUGUAAUUUCAAUCUCAUGAUAAAUUAAUGACAAGUAUAUUUUAAAUGUUAAAACACAAUAAACAUCUGAAUUGUAU